AUGCCACCUGGACCUGCAUUUAACUGGUUCUGUGUAGCACAUUCAGUCGUCGACAUCCUCUCUAAUGCUGCACACAUACGGGCAUCUCAGCUUGUUGCGACAGCUGGGCGACCAAUUCCCGGGAAAGAAGCUAUCUCUCGCGAAUGGAGAGGUCAAAGAAUAGCUACAGAGCAGCCAGAGACGUCGACUGCGAGCUUGAGCCAGCGCACCGAACAUGCUGUUCAAUUCACGGAGGCUAAAGUUCCUUCAACGGCUGAUUCUUCACAUCUUAUAAGAGAUAAAAUAUCUUUCGACCUUCCGGAAACUAGUGAUUUGGGGCUACGAGAUCCUGUCCUUAGAGCUGGUGUAGAUCCAUCCUUCCCCAUUACCCUGCAGACUUUGGAACCCUCCUUAGGUCCUCAACAUUCGACAGGUUUCUCCGAUGUGUCUUCUUCACCCACGAAUGCACCGUUUGAAUCUACGAAUGCGUCUCCCCCGAAGAAUAUGCCGAUGUCUGAUGCUAAUGCUUCCGCCAUCCCUUUGCCCACUCGCCAUCUACAAUCCUCGAAAGUACCUGCUUCGCGCAUAGGUCGACUUUUUCACUAUGGGGGUCUGGCUGCAUCGCUCGGGUAUGGCGCCGCUUCGGAGCUGCUUCGACGCUCUACAAGUUCUGAGGAGCAACACGCGUCGUCGCUGAUGCUGACGGAAGCCAACAUCAAACGCCUUGUCGCGAAACUCACUCAGCUGCGUGGAGCGGCUCUCAAGCUGGGACAGUUCAUGAGCAUCCAAGACAGCCAUGUUCUUCCUCCGGAAGUAGAAGAAAUAUUUCGUAGAGUCCAGGAUAGCGCACACUACAUGCCCGAUUGGCAAAUGGAGGCGAGUCUUGGUCUUGGCUGCUACACGGUCGUGUUGAUUGUACAACUUCAGGAAGUCCUCCGCACCUCCUUAGGCCCGUCGUGGGCGGACCACUUCGAGUCUUUCGAUCGAAUCCCCUUCGCGGCUGCGUCAAUAGGGCAGGUACAUUCGGCUGUGCUUGCUGCUUCCUCUUCUCCCACUGGUGCCCCUGCAAAAGUGGCCGUGAAGAUCCAGUUCCCCAACAUUGCUAAUUCUAUUGAGACUGAUUUAGGUUAUGUGAAGAUGCUUUUAACGGCGGGUAGGCUUCUACCGAAAGGGCUUUUCUUAGACAGGACCAUCCAGGUCAUGAAAGCUGAGCUGGCGGACGAAUGUGAUUACUCUCGAGAAGCUUCGUUUCUGCGCAAAUUCGGCUUGCCAUCUUACCUGGGGAACGAUCCGGAUUUCAAAGUGCCCUGGGCGUGGGAUGGAAGUUCUGAUCGUGUUCUAGUCAUGGAGCACGUUGAUGGUGUGAGUGUGGGCGGUGCCAUGAUUAAUUCGCUCAACCAGCGCGAACGAAACGAUAUUGCUACACGCAUCAUUGACUUGUGUUUGAGAGAACUAUUCUCCUUCCGGCUCAUGCAGACUGAUCCGAAUUGGACGAAUUUCUUGUGGAACAGCAAAACUCGUCAGAUCCAACUAGUAGACUUUGGUGCGACUAGAGAAUAUUCCAAGGAAUUUAUGGACAACUGGCUUCGCCUGCUUCAAGCUGCCGCAAGUGACGAUAAAGAUGGAUGUAUCGAAUGGAGUCUCAAGUUAGGCUAUCUCACUGGUGAAGAAGACAACAUCAUGCUCGAUGCGCACGUCCAGUCAAUGACUUUACUGGCGACGCCGUUCAAAAUAGAUACUCCACAGCCUUUCUCUUUUGGAGCAAACUCGCAGUGGACAGAUAUCACCACGGCCAUUAGGGCCCAGAUUCCGGUGAUGCUUCAGCAUCGGCUCACGCCCCCGCCUAGAGAGACAUACAGUUUGAACAGAAAACUCAGUGGUGCUUUCCUUCUAGCUGCGAGACUCAAUGCGUCCGUUGACUGCAAGGUCCUUUGGGAUCGUAUCGUGGAUGACUAUCAGUUUGGGUGA